AUGACUCAAGUUCCAAACUCCCUCAACUAUCCAUAUUUUCCUCCGUUGUCACCUUAUCCUUUUCCCGGCCCGCCAUUCUUUCCACCACCCCAAAAUCCUCCACCGUCGCCACAUGUGCCGCCACCUCCUCCGGUGAAACCGCCUUUUUCUCCUCCUCCGCCGCCACACAUUUCUCCACCACCGCCACCACAUUUGCCGCCACCUCCUCCACCACACGUGCCGCCACCUCCUCCGGUGAAACCGCCUUUUCCCCCUCCUCCGCCGCCACACAAUUCUCCACCACCGCCACCACAUUUGCUGCCACCUCCUCCACCACAUUUGCCGCCACCUCCUCCACCACACAUGCUGCCACCUCCUCCGGCGAAACCUCCGAGUUCGCCUCCUCUGCCUCCAUCCCCUCCGGGAAACCACCCGACAGUUAUCAUUGUUGUGUUCGUCUCGCUCGGAGGGCUAUUCUUCCUCGCGUUCCUUGCGGCCGCACUUUUAUGCUAUGUCAAGAAGAGGAAGAAGAAGAUCGUCGAGGAGGACGAUAAGUUCAAAAUAGAUGAGCACGUGAAAGUACAAGAAAAUGUUGUCCCUGGUCCAAACGGGACACAGAUGGUCGUCAGGACAAUCGACGAGGAUGUGCACAUCGAGGAGGAAAUCAAGAAGAAGGGUGAGGUGAGUGAAAGGAGCUCGCAUUUGAAAUCGGGAUUCGUCGAUUCCACAUCCGAUCCUCACCACCACCACCACAAUCAUCAUGGUCGUGAUUACUUGGAGUAA